AUGCACGCCUCCCAGGCCUGGAUCCUUAAAGGCCAGCAAGGUCUCUCAAGUCUCAGACUCAUCCAUGAUAAAUCCGUCCCUUCCUUGGGUUCCCAUGACGUCUUGGUGCGCAUUCACGCAGCAUCGCUCAAUCACCGAGACCUAGCCAUCGCGAAGGGAGCCCAUUCCCUCGUCAUCAACCCCAAUGUGGUAGCUGCAUCCGACGGUGCCGGCAUCGUCGAAAGUGUCGGGCCCCAAGUGCAAGACUUUCAACCUGGGGACCGAGUCUGCACAUACAUGGUGCCGCAUAAGCCUGAAUCCGAGCCGGUCACUUUCGCAGACAUCGGCAGUGGGCUGGGUCAGCGGGUAGACGGGACGCUGUGUCCAUACGCCGUGUUCCAUCAGACGGCGCUGGUGAAGAUGCCGUCCAGCCUGUCGUUUGUAGAAGCAAGUACAUUGACGUGCGCUGCGUUGACGGCCUGGAAUGCGCUUUUUGGGCUGUCGUCGCGUGCACCGAGGAAGGGGGAUGUUGUGUUGGUACAGGGGACAGGUGGGGUAUCGGUCAUUGCUCUGCAGUUCGCGUUGGCAGCGGGUGCCACCGUGAUCGCCACGACCAGCUCCGACACCAAAGCACAGCGCCUCCAAGCUCUCGGCGCGCACCAUGUGCUCAACUACCGUCGUAACCCCAAGUGGGGAGAGUCUGCGCGGCAGUUGACGCCGGACGGUAAGGGUGUGCAUCUCGUGGUCGACGUGGGUGGGUUGUCGACUGCGAGCCAGUCGCUGAAGGCCGUGCGGCCGGAGGGGGUGAUUGCCAUGACGGGUUUGCUGGGAGGUGCCCCAGACUCGAAUGUCAAUACUCUGAUCGACUGUCUUGUGAACUUGUGUACGGUAAGAGGAGUUCUGCUAGGCACAAGACAGCAGUUUGAGGAGAUGAAUCGGUUUAUCGAGGAGCAUCGGAUCCAGCCGGCGAUCGAUGAGAGGGUAUUUGGGUUUGAGGAGGUCGAGGAGGCUUAUCGGUAUAUGGAUGAGCAGAGGCACUUCUCAAAGCUCACUUCCAACACGCCUAUCAAAGAGAAAUACCCGACCACAACGUUCCACAUCUACAAUUACCUACCUCCCUUGACAUCUCCUACCGCAUCCCCAUUGAACCACUACACAAGGCAGAGACCACAUAAAAUGUCCAUCAACAAAUCUCGAACCAACCGUCCUGACUCAGACGUCAUCCAGUUCCCAACAGACAAUUCAGCCGACCACUCCGGUAUCGCCUCCUCCUCCGGGGCUGAUCUAGGUGCAGCCGCGGGUCCCACUAGCACAAGGGCAGACAAACCUUGGAAGCCACCCGUGGCUCGCCAGCAGAGUUGGAGCAACGAGGACCAGAAGCAUGAGCUGCAGACUCGGUUGUUGGAUCUGGAGGAUGAGGAGGGGGACAGGCCCGGAUUCUCGGAGGCGCCGGCGGGGGUUCACUAAUCGGGUUCGUGGAGGUUGGAUUGGGUGGUGAAGGGAAUGGGCAACCGAGGAUUAUGAUAGCUGGUGGCCGUGCUGUUUUUUGUGAUUAUCAUAAUGUUUUUGAUGAUGAUGGUUGAGCAAUGGGAUUGCGUGAGGAAAUGGUUCUGGCGGAUGGACGGGCUUUGCGAUUAGUCCACACAAUGUAGGUGGAUAGGGGAGAGGAGAUUGCAGCGGUUAGUUUAGUCAAAAGUCUACUGCAUCUGCUGUACCUGCUGAACACUGGUCAAUUGCUUCCAUGAAUCUAUGCUGAACUGGCUGCUGAUGCGGGGAAAAAUACGGGGCACGAUUGCAGGAUGAUGUCGCUGGCCGGGGGAGUUUAACUUUAAUUCAUAGGAGUAUGAUCACUGUC